GCCAGCUUGAUAGCACCUCCAAGAUGAGGAAGACCUGCACACGUCGGGUGUUAGCGAGCAUCGUCUCCACAUCAGAAGCACCCUCGCCCGGUUGCUAUACUGAUCUUCGCGCUCACUUGACGUUACAUUGAAGGUAGUGCCUCCAGUCCUUCACUGUCGUCGCUCGCGCGCCGUUAUAGGUGCUCAGCUCGGAAACAUGAACGCGUAUCCACCGGAUCUUCUCUCACACCACUAUCCAGUGCUGAUUCUUUCGGGGAUCGUCCCGCCUCUUGCAGGCCCGAAAGGAAGAGUCGAACAUGCUGGGACAAGCGCUGCUACCAAUGCAGCCCCUUCGCUCGUCCCUCCAACCGCAGCGUACCCCCAACUUUGUGCGGACCUGAGGGCUCUAGUAGCUACUCGAGGUCGGGACACGCCUUGGGAUCCUGCAAGAGCAAAGAGCACAGCAUUCAAGACGCUUCUUGUGGAUAGCAAUCAUCGGCUGCCGGUUCGGAAGAGCCGUCCAUUGCCCCGAGGCCUGACCGCGCCGCCCUCAUCCAACGAUCCAGACGAUGCUCAGUCGCGAGCUCACUCGGUGCUAGCAGCUCAGCCUGCACGAUCGCCCUUGAGCCCGGCGCAUCCGGCCUCGCCGCUUUGGCCUGACGGCAUCAUGACGCCGCUUUGGCUCAGGAGGCACCGAGAGCAGAGAGGCGCAGUGUGGGUGAUGGUGGCUGUGCUACCUGCACUCUCGAACAAAGCUGCAUCGACCCAAAACACAGAGGAUCGCGCUACAGCGGAGCACGAGCAGGUUGGGGUAGCUUCGGAUGCUCAGCAGCUGAAGGAAAUCGACGAAGCUCUGAUCAAGGCCAUCGCUGAGAGGAAACGAACGAUGUCCGAGCGAGGAAUCAAGUUGACAGUAGUGCUCCUGACCGAGCGAGAAAUGCUAGAGUCCUCGACACUGGAACCUCGAUUAUCGCACAUCAGACGAUCUUCGUCGCUCGACUCCAAAGCGAGCCUCUUCGUCCUCACCCCAGUCGGCCGGUCCGAUCUGUCAGCUUUUCUCACCUCGCUACACAAUGCGCUACAUUCUAACGCGAUAGAUUAUUACGCCGAGCAGGCCCGCCGCGUUCGCAGAAAGCGUUCGCGAUAUCCCCCAAAUACUUCUGCGGUCCUCGAUGCUAUGCGUGUGAUCAAAAGUGGGACGUCUGGCUCCGCGGAUCUUCCGACACCGCCUCUGAGUAAAGAUGGCUGGAUAGCGCGAAACGAAUACAAACUCGGCACCUUUCUGGAGUUGAGCGGCGAUGUCCCGACUGCACUGACCCAUUACGCGGCAGCGUACGCAGGUCUGCUAGAGCUUCUGAGGUCAACUGCAGCUCUGCCACCCCGCACAAAACGGUGGGCAGAAGCGAAAGUGUUAGCUGAUGCACUCAGCUUGAGGAUAUCAAGACUUUGCUUGUAUGACGAUAGACCUGAUGACGCCUCUACACAAUUCGCCCGGCAUCUGGGUACCUUUGGGGAGCUGAGCGCGGGCUGGGGCAUGGGCGCAGAAAGCGCGGAGUGGUGGAGUUGGGUGGGAAAGCAAUAUCGUUUGAUGGGUGAUCUGACAGAUCUUUCCCUCCGAGCAUCUCAGCUGCCUGCCCUUCCACAACUGGUGCCGCCCCUGCCGGCGCAUCUCUCAAAAAUUCCGUUUGUGCCCCUUGCGCAAUCAAGAGGCCCAGCGGCGUGCUGGUACGCGGCAGGACUCUGCGCUGAAGAGCGGCGGCAACGCUUCAAACGCAUGGAUGAGGUCGAGUCGACAAGAGGAAGUGACUUGGCCGCCGCUACCGGCGGCUGGAGCGUACUUGAGCACGAGAAGAAGGUGGAUCACGCAGGACUGAUUGCGGAAGCCUUCCUACGCUCGGACGAACUCGCCAAGCGCGCUGGGUUCACUCAUACAGCUCCACUGCUUGCAGUCAAGAUUGCAGAGGCGCAGAGAUCUGCCGGCGCUUCCUCUCAAGCAGUCAAUUUUCUGGAAAGCGUGGUUGAGCAUUAUCCACGAGACGAACACCACGCGCUUGUGGAGGUGCUCGAAGCUAUGGCUGAUGUUGCAUUGGAUGUGCAAGACACUUCCGCGGAGCUUCGUGCGCUCGUUGCACUUCUUAGUCCCGGGGUGCAGCUGGAUCCUACAGCAGGAGCGGAGCGAGGUCAACGACUCGGAGCGCUUCUUUCAAGGCUGUCAAUGAAAGACGACGCGAGCGAGGUGCCGCACCCGCAGCCUCAGCAAAUCCAGUCCGGAUUCAGCGAUGGGUUGUUCAGUGUCGAAGCAAGCUUCAUGAACCCACAAGCAGAUCUCGGCAGUAUUGCCCACUUUCAAGUGCGGAUUGCAGCGCCUCGAACAAGUUUCGUCGCUGGUGUACCAAUCGAGAGGCUUAUGCUUUGGUAUGACGAGCAAAGGCCGCCAAUAGUCCUCACACACGAUAGUAGCAUCGAUCAGACAUCUCAACCCACCUCCCAAGUGCUCAAGCUUGACGAGGCAGUUCGCGUGGACGACGGCCAGACCGACGAGUCGUCGGUGACUGCAGCGUGCGAUUUACGUUGGAGUCCAGGCUCGCUAAAAGUGAUCCAGGGCAGCUUCAUCGCGCAGGAGACGCCACGGACAAUCCGAUUUUUACGCGCUCAGAUCAAUACACCUCCCACCGACACUGCCCUGCAGCUCCACUUCUCGUUCGCUGGACCGCAACAUUACUCUGAGCCUGAGCAACCCAUCUGGUACUCCGCUCUGUCGGGCCCUCGCGACUCGAGCGAAGGAGUCAAAGCAUCGUACGUGUACCUGGCUCAUGCGGACGAUCCGGCGUCAGUCAGCUUUCGAAGGCGCCCACAUCGGGUCGACGUCAAGAUCGAACACCCCACAGUCGCGUUCUUGGACGACGCGACGCCCGUCGACGUGGCAGUCACGAAUCAGGACGAUGAGAGUCUCCACUGCACCGUGGACGCUGUCAUACCUCCUGCACCCGUGGGCACUAAUGCAGCUCUCAUCGCGCAGGCGGCUAGAGACGUGCUCUUCGUUACGCCAGAGGCAGCUCAGACUAAUGAGCGGAACGUGCGAGACAUGAGCUUGGGAGUACUUCAGCCACGCGAGACGAAGACUCAGCGUUUCUUUGUACGCACUUGUGGACAUGCUGCUCCCCGCUUCGUUGAUGUGUCGGUGCGCAGCAUUCCUCCGGCAAGCUUGGAAAGCGCGUUGCUUAGAUCUCCCGGAGGAACGCCUCAGCCUCACCCUCUUACAUUCGAAUCAUCACAUUCUGUAACUCUGGACGCUCGAGCCAUGUUCACAUCGACCCAUGGCGCGGCAUGGCGUGAGCCUCGAGAUGCGCCACAAGAGCUGUCCAGGACGCCCACAAGGAACCACUUCCUCGAAGCCUCGGAUUCUACCAUCGGAGACGAGUCGUCAGACGGAGGCGACUCUUUCAACGCAUUCCAAGUGGAUUCGAAUACCUCGCAUAGCACAGUGGCGAACGUGACCUCUUGCCUGCACAUCCUUGGAGAACAGAAGAUUCUCAUCAGCUCUGUCGCUCUCGAGCUUGAUCCCGGCAGCACUCACUUGCGGUUGGAGAAAUACGAUCUCAGCGAGGCAGCUCAAACCAUCACGGACGAUGAAUGGAGCGGUGGCGACCGAUGGGGCACAGUGCACGAGAUCGAGGUUCUGAACCGCAGCGCCGCUGAAGUUCCGAAUGGACGAGCUGGACAUGAGGCGACCACCUCUUCUUGGUCACCGGACGGCACCGUAAGGCCUACAGGUGUACUUGCAGUGGCUUGGAGACGGCUGGAUGCAAAUGAGGCGCCUACAAGCCGCCUGAACUUGACACGCCUGCCGAUACCUGCUUUGCUACCGCCUCACUUGACUGCAAGGCUGCUCGUUGCUUCGCCACCAGUAGCUCUACUGGACCAGCCUUUUGUGAUGCUCUUUACGGUCGUAAAUCCAAGUCCAACUUUGACCGCAGACGUCUUCGUCGGACUGGACUCUUCGGAGGUCUUCUUCUUUGCAGGUCCGCGCACCUUGAGUAUUCCUAAUCUGGUGCCUCGAAGCACGCGCAGCGUUCCCGUCCGAGUGGUUGCGCGAGCGGAAGGUCGGUUCGUCCUUCCUCGCGUUAGAGCAUGGGACAGGAGACCUCGAUUCUACCCAGCGAGCACCAAAGCAGCAGCAAAGCCUGGACAUGCUGCGACUGCCUCGAUUGUCUCUGAAGCCUCUUCAAAUGCUGCUCCGACCUCCACGAACAAUGCACGGGGCUCGGAUGAAUAUGGGUCACCUUCUCCUUCCUCCAUCCCCAGGGAGAUGGGCGUUGAGGCUCAAGUAGGAGCACAAGCCAUAGUGAUGAACGAGCGCGCCGGAUUCGGGAUCCCUCUCAAGGUCAAGUGGCGGCCCUCGACUGGUUCUGGUAUCUCUAGCGGCGGCCAAAGGGCCUUGAAAGCGGAGCACCAGAACGGCGGCCUGGCGUCCGUCCUUUCGCCCUCGCAGCUCGCUGCCGAACAGAGUGGCACUGCGCUCAGUAUACUAGUACAUCGUCAGGUUGCAUAAGACGCACAUUACCCCUCUACUGCACAGAAUGUUACAUCCCCGAAUUGGCGCCCCAAUGCCAAGAUCGUGCUGGAAAAUCACGAAUGAAAGCUGCUUCCACCUGGUCGAGGGCUUUUUCAUCGCGCUGUCCGUGACAAUCCAGGAGACCCCGCGCCUACAAUGUUGAAACGCGGGGCUUCGUUUCCGAUGCUUAUCCACCAUCCUCUUUGGAGGCUACGC